AUGUGUGUAAAGUGGCACAUAUUCUCUCAUUCUUGUUAUUUUGACACUUUAUUAUUAAAACAAAUCAAUUGACAGCUUUCGUGUACUUUGAAGAAAUAAGUGAGAUAUUGCAUUCUUUUGAAUUUGGCGGCUUUUUUUUCUCAAAUCAUUCCAACAUAUUACUUUCCAUAGAAAUAAUGCGUAUUGUCAAUUCGUGCAUAUUGGAAUUACGCGAGCACAAAGGUAAAAGAAUUGUAUGCAGUCUAAAAUUUGAAAAGUCAUCGGAUGAGAGUUUUAAUACAGUAGAACAACGGAACUUCCAUUGGUUGGAUAGAUCAGAUUGGAGAACAUUUGACGCUCAGUUAGAAAAGAUAAUUAGUAAACUUGAAAAGAAGGAACUCGAAGAGAAAUCUUUUCAGUUAAAUGAUAUAAUUGAUGUUGUUGUUUCAAUUUCCUCAACAAAUGUGAGAGCAAUUUCUAAGCUUUUAGGUCAUGAAUGUUUUGAAAAGAAAGAUUAUCCAAUAUCCUUAAACUGCGUAUUUCGAAAACAAUCUGAGAGGAAAACGAAGAUAUCUGCCGAUGUUUGCAGAGACUCACAAAACUUCCAGAAAUUGAACGUAUAUAGUUCUACAAAUGUUGAUACAAGUAACCAUUAUGGCAGUAUUGCUCAACCAGAUAUAAAUUUAAAAUUUUUGAAAGAGAAAAAUAUAUUUUCAAACUAUAGUAGUGAUGAUAUUAGUAGCAGUGACAAAAAGUUAGUCCGGUUUAAAAAGGCCAAGCCGAGUUUGAAUGAUAAGGAAAAGACUAAAAAGCGUCUUUCAGUUAAUAUUAAAGCUUCAUCAGAUGAUGGCAUCGACUUACAAAAAUAUGACAUACAAAGAAAGAAGCUUCGUUCCCAGUGUACGUCGGCCCGAAGAGAAAAAAUUAGUCACGUAGGCGUUGGUGAACUUAAGGAAUCUUUCAAUUCCUAUGAGGAAAGCGAUGAAUUAAUUGGGGAAUCACCAGUCGAAAUAAGGUCAAAAACGCAAGAAACAUUCCUAAAGGCGAAACCAGAACAAAGCCCAAAAUCUGACAGUUUACGCUGUCGGGAAAAUAAAUCAAAUAAUAAAUGGCUGACUAAGAAGGAACCUGAGGAGUUGGUUGUAUCCAAAAAGAAAUCUAAACUAACUAAAUCCAAAGUAAAAGCGCCCAGAGAAAUUGUUACAGAUUGCCAGCAUAGACAAAACGAACAAAUUAAGGCUAACAAAAAAAUGAAAUCAUUUUUGGAACAAAUAAUACAGGUGCCAAAGAAGGUGAAAAUUUUAACUCUCAACAAUAUGGACAGUGACGAAAUUUUAAAUACUUUUCCAAAAUAUAAAAAUCAGCUUGAUGCUAUUUUUAAUGAACUGCGAUCGAAACCAAAAGUAUCCGGAUACAAUGGAAUUAACCACUAUUCAGUUAUUGAACUAAUAGAUAAUGAAAAACAACUAAAAAUGAUGCACAAACUCGGUGAAGUAUACGAAAAAGACGCAGAUGGUCUAUCCAUGUAUCCAAUGCUUUUCGCGAACGCCUUGAUGCCCGAGUGGCAUCACUCUGAUUAGAAUUCUCGGGCUGAUCGUUAACAAAACUUCGUCACUCGAACACUCGGCAACUACGAAUACAGCUGUCAAGUUAAUUCUGGAAAUUAAUCGUCGACUCUAUUUUGUUAUCAGCAUCUGUUCGUCACAAUAUUUUCAUUUUUUUCAUCUUUUGUUUCAAAUCACCUUAUCUUUAAUUUAGUGCAAUAAAUAUUAGUAUAUAUUAGCAGAUAUAGGUAUUAUUAUUGGAAAUUUUCUGAAACAAAAUUGAAUGCAUUAAUUUUAUUAUAGAGUGUUUUGUUAAUCUGUUUGUAUUUAUGUUGGUGAUAGCACAAAGUAUUAUUUGUAUAUUAAAACUCCAUAAACCCUUCAGGAGGUAACAACUGCUACAUUGGUGUUUAAUAAACAUGAAAUCAGAUUCAUAAUUAAGUGAAAUUGCAUAUAAGCGUCCAAAGAUCUGUGUAGACGUUUUUCAAAUGUCAACUCCAAGCGGUAAUACUGAAUUGAAGGGCCCAAAAAUUUUUUUUAUUAUUCAUCUACAAAAUUGUGAUUGCUCUUAUAAAAAACUGAUAAAGUAGCAACAAAAUAUAGAUUAAAAAGGCAUGGAUAAAGAGAAAAGUAAUAAUAAAGUAGCAGAAAAGUCGGUAUCAAAAUAUGUGCCGAUCAUUGAUGGGCAUUACAGGGAAUUACGACGAUCAAGCCGCGUCCCUGUGAAAAAUCGUCGAUAUGAAUCUGAAGAUCUUACUUCCUUAGUUAGAAACAAAAACAUAUUAAAGGCAAACAGCAAAACUGUCCGUGAAUGCUUUGAAUCUGACACAAAAAGUGAUGAAUACGUCACGAGAUCAUCGGAAGAGAUUAGUUUAAAAAAAGAAUCAACAUUGCGUCGGUCUAAUCGUACUAGAAAGCGUUUUCCUUUUCAGUCAGACUACAUCAAAUCUACAUCAACUAAAAAGAAGAAAGCGCGGCCAGUCAGCAAAGAUAAGCGAGACUGCUUUUAUUCUAAAACGGAGAAUGAUGCGUCUAAGUUGACAUCGCCACGGAAAAAAUGUCAACGAGAAGAAAAAGAUGAUGCCGUUGACCAGCAUAAAAGUCAGUCAAGAAAACACGAUUUGAUAAAAGAUUCCAAAUUAAAGAAGUCACUUUUCAAAAUAACCAAUGAAUAUAACGAAAAUAACUUGAAAAACGUAAAGCAAAUAGUGUAUCCUACUGCAGAGGAAAUAGCCGAAAAUAAGCGCAGAGAACGGGAACAGAUUAGAGUAAAUAGGAAAAUGAAAGCAAUGUUAGAAAAUCUCGUGCAAGUACCUGAAAAAGUCUCAAUAUUGUCACUCCAUAACAUGACUUCUGAUGAAAUUUUGAAUACUCUUCCUAAAUACAAAGAUCAACUAGAUAUUAUUUUCCGUGAACUGCGCUCAAAGCGGAGAGUAGACGAUUACAAAGGAAUCAACCACUAUUCUGUUAUAGAGUUGAUCGAUGAUAAAAAACAACAGAAGAUGAUGCAGAAACUUGGCGAAGUAUAUGAGGCCGAACAAGAUGGAAUAUCUUUGUCCCCUACGCUAUUCGCUAAUGCGUUGAUGCCCGAAUGGCUGGUUCAUA